CCACAAUCGAUCAGCUGCAAACCAGUUUGACCAUCUAGCCUCACAUCCUGUGUGCUCUCCGGCAGGCGGCGUUUCCGGUGAUCGAUGAUGCCGUACAGCACCGUCCGCUUCUUCUGCUCGGUCGUCGCCGCCUUCGCGCGCCUCGUGCGCGAGCUUCGCAAGGCCGUCGCCAUGGCCGCGUCGUCUUCGUCGGCGGCGGCGGUGUCUCCUCCCGUGGGCCUGAUAGCCGCCGCGCCGCUGCCGCUGCGCAGGAAGAAGCUCCUGGCCGCGCUCGCGCCGCCGCAGCCGCAGCCGCCCGUGGUUGCUCGUCCGGCGGAGGUGUGCGACGCCGCCGCCGGCGUCAGUGUGGCCGGGGUGGUGGAUCAGCAGCCGCAGCAGGCCGAGAGCAAGAGGAAGAAGACGUCCGCGUGGUCGGCGAGGGGGCGGCCCUCGAGGCUCGUCAUACCGGUGGCGGAUGACGCCGGCGAGCUGGCCGCCGGCUGGGGCGCGGCCGCGGCGGCGGCCACGGAGGCCGACGUGGUGGUGGAGGGCGAGGGGUUCUGGGUGGCCAGUCGGGCUGGGCCGAGGCAUUCCAUGGAGGACGCCUACUCGGUGGUCACUCACAAAAAUGGUGGUGAUUCCCAGCUGGCAUUCUACGGUGUCUUCGACGGGCAUGGUGGCCGCGGGGCCGUGGACUUCGUCUCCCAGCGCCUCGGCGAGAACGUCGUCUCCGCGGUGCUCGCCGCGGGUUCGGAGGCCCGCGACGAAGCACCGUCGGCGGCGGAGGAGGAUGACGACGCCGUCUCGGCCGCGAUCAGAGCCGCCUACUUGGCCACCGACAGCGAGCUCCUCGCACAACAUCAGGUGCGUGUGCGUACCACGACAGUGACUCGUAUUGCACGUUGCCGGUUCCUUCAUCCGUUUACCGGGUCUACCCACUUUUUCCCGCCGUUGAACGCGUCAAAAGGGUCUCUUUUGUUCGUUGUUCCCACAUGUUUUUUUUAUGCCUAUCUGAUCGCGACGAGCGGUCGAUCGAACACGUAUUUCCCUAGCGUUGCCCGAAAAAAAAAAGAAUGAUUUUUUAAAAUGAAAAAGAAUGAUUUUUUGAGAUUAUAAUUAACGUCUGGUUUGAUCUUUUGGACGCAGCAGGGUGCGAGCGCCGGCGGCGCGUGCGCGGCGACGGCGCUGGUGAGGGGCAGCGACCUGUACGUGGCGCACCUGGGCGACUGCCGCGCGGUGCUGAGCCGCGGCGGCGGCGUGGCGGCCGCGCUGACGGCGGACCACACGUGCGCGGCGGAGGGCGAGAGGGCGCGCAUCGAGCGCGGCGGCGGCUUCGUGAGCCGCAGCGGCAGCGGCGUGUGGCGGGUGCAGGGCAGCCUGGCCGUGUCGCGGGCGUUCGGCGACUCCGGCCUGAAGCGGUGGGUGCUCGCCGAGCCGGCGGUCGCCAGGGUGCCCCUGCGCGCCGGCUGCGAGUUCCUCGUCGUCGCGUCCGACGGACUCUGGGACAAGGUGAGCAACCAGGAGGCCGUCGACGUCGUCUCGAGGAGCCGCAACGCGGCGGCGACGUCGUCCGUGGCGCGCUCCUGCGUGGAGCUCGUGGACAUGGCGCGGCGCAGGGGGAGCAGGGACGACGUCACCGUCAUGGUCAUCGACCUCGAGAGGUUCGUGAGAUAGAAGAAGUUACGGAGCUGAGGGAGGCACUGACUGACAGAUCGAGCUUAGUUCACAAAUUUAAGCUGAUGGAGGUUAAACGGAGCACCUUAUUGAUCGAUUGUAAAUAUGCGGCAUCCAGAGCAAAUGUAAUUUUUUUUUCUGUCCCUCAAUGUAAGUAUAGUAUACACGUAGGCCUGGUAGGAGCUAGGAAUGCAUGCAGUGUUUGGAGGGUACAGAAAAUUAGGAAGACAGGUUCCUAUUCAAGGAAUGGUUGUUGGUGUACAGAUAACUCAUUUGAAUUUAAGCUCUCAGACGGCAGGAAAAUGUUUUAUUUGUGCUGAA